AGGCCGGCUUGUCUUUGACUUCUGGGAGUAAUUUGGCGUCAUGUUGUCCAUUUUGUCGUGGUUUCAUUAGCGAUAUUCAUAAACGGACACCUUACUAUUCUAGAAAACUAGCUAACCAAGGAGGGAGUCUGCUUCUUUUGCAACUUCUGCCAGAGCUCAACUCAGUUACCGUGCCUUUUGGUCGCUCCGUUUAAGGCUCGGCAACAGGAACUAACUAUCAGCAGGAAGUCCUGACCCAAAGAAACGGAGCCAUGGGGAAGAAGGAUAAGAAGAAGAAGGGCCAGGGAAUGGAGAAAACUGCCGCAAAGACAGAGAAAAAUCUAACGAAGAAGUUGAAAAAGUCACUGAAGAAAAAGGGUGAGGAGAGCGUCGAGCAGAUGGUGGUGCGUCUGGCGGCGCAGCACGAGCUCCAGAAGGAGGUCUCGGAGACGGUCUGUCCGCCGCCCGAGGCGCGCUCCAGUUUCAGUCUGUGCGCGCACCCGGAGCGCGAUGAGCUCUUCCUGUACGGUGGCGAGUACUACAACGGAAAACAGACGGCCGUGUACGGCGACCUGUACCAGUACCGGUGCGCGGCGGCCGGCCGGCCGGCCUGCUGGCGGCGGCUGCAGUACCCGCGCGGCCCGCCGCCCCGCUGUGGCCACGCGGCCGUCUCGGUGCCGCUGGGCGGCGGACAGAUGUGGAUGUUCGCCGGCGAGUUCUCGGCGCCCAGCGGCGAGCAGUUCCACCACUACCGCGACCUCUGGUGUCUGCACAUCGCCGACAAACGCUGGGAGAAGGUCAGUGCACAGGGCGCCGCCCCGUCGGCCCGCAGCGGACAUCGGAUGGUGUACGCUCAAAAACACCUGGUGGUGUUUGGCGGUUUCCAUGACAACCUGCAGAGCUUCCAGUACUUCAACGACGUGCACGCGCUGGAUCUGGAGCGGCGCCAGUGGCGCAAACUGGAAGUCACCGGCCAGGGCCCGUCGCCGCGCUCGAGCGUCACGAUGCUGGCUCUGUCCGACGGCCGUAUCCUGGUGUACGGCGGCUACUGCAAGGAGAAGGUGAAGAAGAACGUGGAGCGGGGCACGACGUUCAGCGACAUGUACCUGCUGACGCCGGACAAGCACGACCUAACGCUGACCCGGUGGCGGUGGACGGCCGUGAAACAGAGCGGCGUCAAACCGUCCGAGCGGAGCGGCAUGAGCGGCUGCCUGGUGCGCGGCGACAGCGCCCUCUUCUUCGGAGGUGUAAAGGACGACGAGGAGGACGACGCGCUGAGCGGCACCUUCUUCAACGACAUGUACUCGCUGGACGUGGCCAAGGGCGUCUGGCGCACCGUGUCGCUGUCCGGGAAGCGUGACCGGACGCGGCGGCGGCGGCGGCGGCGGGCCGACCAGGACGCGCCGCCGGCCGCCGGCGCCGAGGACGACCCGGCGGAGGAGCUGGAGGCCAUGGCCAUAGCCGAGGACGAGGAGGCGGCGCCGGCGGCGGGGCCGUGCGCGCGCGCCCGCGCCGGUCUGGCCGCACGCGGCAGUCAGCUGUUCCUGUACGGCGGUCAGGUGGAGCGGGGCAGUGUGGAGGUGACGCUAUCAGACUUCUACCAGCUCGACGUGUCAAAGAUGGACGAGUGGAAGACGUUGGUGGAGCAGCCCAAGGACGUCGACUGGCAGGGCUCAGACGACGAGAGCAUGGACGAAGACGGCGAAGAUGAUGACGACGACGACGAUGACGAAGAUGAUGAUGAAGAUGAUGAUGAAGAAGGGGAGGAGGAGGAGGACAGCGACAUGGAAGAUGAAGAUUUGUGACCGUGCUCAGGUUAGCGUACUGACCGUAUGCUGCGGGUUUUGUAUUGCUGCUUUUAUGGGGAGCUGCCAUGUCUCACGCAAAUAAGAUAUGUUGGAGCUACGAAUAAAGGACGCCUUGUGAGGCGGAGAGGUUA